GAAGCAUAACAACAGAGAGCGAGAUGUGUGUUCAUUUGUGGGCAGAGCAUUUCGGACAGAAGAGCUCAGAAUUGUACCCCUAUAGAAGGAAAAUGCUCAUAGGGUUCAAGAGUUUGCUGUGCGGUUGGGACUUACGGAGGCUGGGUGAAGAUGAGUGAGAGAGGUCUCUAGGGACAGAAUCACAUCAAGCCUUAAGGAUAAGGUAAGCUCUUCAGACCUCCAAGUGGUCCUGUGGUGAGUUCAAGGACCUUGUCAGGUGCUACGUCAGCUUCAAAGAACUUGUCCUGUUUUGAGUUGAUCAUAGCAGCUCCAAGCCUGGAAGGAUGGUGUCACCGUCUAUGGGCCGGCAAGACUCUCCUGUGGUCCUCUGGGAAGGGAUCAGCCAUGACUCUGGAGACACUGAAGGUUCACCCAUCUUCCUGGACACUGAUCACUCUCCUUCCCAAUUAGACAUCAGGCUCAGGAGGAACAAAGCUGCGUGGAUUAACUCCUCCUGUGUACAGCAACCACUGCAGGAUUUGCCCUCAGAAGUGCAGGAUGCUGGGAAUCAUCGUGAGGUGGAUGCACAGUUGUCCUCUGGGAACCCUCUGGCAGAGAUGCCAUUGUCUGAGGAUGGUGUGGACUCUGUGAGCAGCGCCUCUGCCCAGAGCUCAGGUGAAAAGAGUAGAGGCUUCUUGAUCUCCACGGAAGAGCAGGUGGCAUCCCCAGGACAUUCUCAGCAGCUGUCUUUGCUCACAAGCCCAUCUCCUGAGGUUGGCAGCACUUGUUCUGAGUUUUUCCACUUGACAACUUCUGCUGACAGAGCUUCCAGUCUUCAUGAAAAAACAAGGACAAACCUUUUCUUUGUCAACAGCGGCUUUCUCACAACAGAGGCAGAGUGGAGUGCUGUUCCCAGAAGACCCAUUUCUUCUAAUUCCUUGUCACCGGAGACGUUUGUGGUGCCCGUCGACAUAGAAAAGGAAAAUGCCCACUUUCAUGUUGCAGAUAUGAUUAUAUCAGCAAUGGAGAAAAUGAAGUGGACCAUCCUCAGUCAAAAGCAGACAGAGAGCUGGAGCCUAGAAGAAGCAAGCAGGUCCUUUGGGACUGAUCAAGCUGGCUCCGAAGUGACCUUUUAUCCUCCCACACAGCAAGACCUGGGGUCCUCUACUUCUUCAGACAGUGGUUCUGAAGGUUGUGCUGUGCUGCAGGGCAGCCCAGUGACUGAGACAUCGCCUUACUCUAAGGUGGUGAAGGAGGACUGCAAGUGUGAUUUUGGUGACUUUGUUAUUUUAGAACUUGGGGAGUUGAAUGAGGUCACAGAAACCUGUAGAUGCUGCUAUAGCCCUUCUAAGAGUGUUACUCAUGAGCCAGACUUCAAUUCUGCUGAGGUGUUAGCCCGAGAGUUGUUGCAGGUCUUCCAGAAGUGCUGGGUGUUAGCUAAUGUUCAACUGCCAGGUUCCUUGAUGGCAGCCAGCUCGCUAGUUGUGAAUGAAGAGCAUAUCCAAAAAGACUUUAACUCCACGACAGAGUCAAUACAGGAAAUUCCGUUCAAGUCUAGGAUCAGAGGGGCUGAAGACUGGGUCCCCCCUAGAUUUCAAAUCAUAUUUAAUGUUCAUCCACCACUCAA